UCUCGCCGAUUCAAACCGUUCGUCAACGAUUUCCAGCGGAACAGUUCAAUUCGUACGUGACACUGAAGCUGCAGAACGUCAAGUCAACGACAGUCACUGUGAAAGGGGCCAAUCCAUGCUGGGAGCAAGACUUUCUCUUCGAAACGAACGACAUGAACACGGGCCUCCUGGUCGAGGUCUGGUGCAAGGGUUUCCUGUGGGACCGUUUCUUGGGCUACUACUACGUCCCGCUAACAGAAGUGUCCUACAUGAACGAGGUAACGUCUAAGCAGUCUUACAAUGCACCCACCACGCCAGGGCAACAAGAACAACAACAACAGCAACAACAGCACAUAUCCCCCGACAGCAUGCCUGACACGAACAGCAAUACACAGCUACCAGACAUCACCAACACGGAGGGUUCCGCACAAUGGGUCAGCCUCGACUCCGAGCUCGAAAUGAGGGGCGCCGAGAUCAUCGGUACGAAAAAGCCAACCGGGCACUCUCUGCUCAUAGACUGCCGUUUGGACCUACCUUUCGACCCCGAGAACACGGAAGCGGCGGAUCUGCAGAGGAAGCUUGGGAUGCUGAACAACAUGAUGGACCAGGAAGCACGAGCCGAACAGGCACGACGACAGAUAUUGUACAAUAUAAGCCACUCCGGUUACUCGGAGGAUUCAGACUAUACGUCGGACUUGAAUUAUCCAGUAGGCGGACAAGGCGCAAACAGCUCGGCUUCGCAGUUUCGUACGGCCGCAAACCAAUUGGCCACCCCUCAGAGAUCCCUCGAGACCUCGAGAGAAAAUAGUUACGAGAGGGAUGAUCAUCAGAUUCCAGCCACAGGUGGGGGAAGACUGGCGCCGAGUAAUUACAUGCGUUGCAUCGGAUUGGGCAACAGUCCUCGUUAUGACGAACCGUAUCCCGAAGAGGGUCCACCGCAAAGGUAUUCUCAGUCUCAGCACGCUUCAGAAUCUUCCGAGCCACUCUUCUACAAUAGUAGACCAAGACACUAUAAGGAAUACAGACGACGGAAGCACACGUGGGAUUACGAGGACAGCCAAGACGGCUGGUACAGCGAGGGUUACGAUUACCAUGGCACGACGAGAGUCGACGAAACGAGAAUCUACAGCGACACUGAGUUUUAUCCAAGUACCACAACCAGCUCCUCUAGACGAAGAGAACGCACCCACAGACGCCCGUCUCUCGAAAGGCAGAUGACUUUAUACGAUGAUCAUUCUUACUACACCGACGGAUACAGUAGCGACGGAAGGGUGGGCAAGAUGAGCGCCACGUAUCCAGAAUGCCAAACGGACAUCAGAUACAAUGAGUACUACGAUAGCAUCACGGGAUAUACUUAUCAAGAUGAAAGGUACGGUCAAGAUGACGAAGAUAGACAGUGGGACAGCGGAGGGAAGUGGUGUUUAGGGACUAGUACCUAUUACGAGAACAAACGGAAUAGAAAAACGCUUCCACAGAGGCCUGCAUCUAGUAUCGGUAUUCAUCGACCGGAUUAUAGACCGACUGUCACCAGACAACGGAGUUACGAAUCGGAUGAAGUGAAUUAUAGUAGCCACAGUCGUCGUCGAAAGCCACUUCAGCCGCAGCAACGGCCGCCGUCCCGUCAGGAAGGGACAGGCAAGAAGCUGCCGCCAACACCGACGACGCCCAGCAAUGUGAUCAUCAGUCGUAAGCUUGCCUCCUUACCUGCCACACCGAGCAGGCAACUGCCAAAGACUAGAACGUCCUCCGAGGAGAGCUACUACAAGUCUGACUACAACGAGGACUAUAAUUACGCUUAUCGCAGCCAAGACAACUUACCUCAGGAAACUUACAUAGAUAGCGUAUACACCGAGCCGAGUAGCUACGGUCAGGUGCACGCGACCAUCAAAAAACAGUACUCCGAGGACAGCCAGUAUGGGUCCAGCUACAGGGCCCAGGUCGACGACCAAUACGGUCAUUCGUAUCAAGAACCCCCGACGCAGGACACGUACGAUCAGACGUACACGCAAAACGCAUACAAGGACGAGUAUCAGACGCCUUACGUUCAGCCGAACACUCAGGUUUAUCCGGACACGUAUCAGGACACGACAUAUCCAAACACCAGCCAGCCAAACGAUCAGUACACUAGCCAGCCGAAUGAUCGAUACGCGAAACCGGGGAUCCAUGAUAAUUACCCGGCGAUGGGUUACGAACAGAAUAACGGACAAUACCAAGACCCGAAGAAAUCGCGUACGUACAAAGAGGAGACCUACAAGGAAUCGUACGACGACUACGGUGUCUCCGUCCCGUCGAGUGUAUACGAUCAGAACAAUGUCACGAACACGUACAAUCAAUAUCAGCCGGAGACCUAUGAUUCACAGUACAUCAACACUUCGACUGGCUAUCAGAAAACAUAUCCUGACACAUAUAAUCAAGAGACGUAUAAUACAGAGGAUUACAGUCAGGACAGUUAUAACCAGGACACGUAUAAUCAGGGUACAUAUAAUCAGGAGACGUACAGCCAAGAUGCCUAUAACGUGGACACUUAUAAGCAACAGGACACCUACGGUCAGCAGGGAACGUACAACCAACCGGAUGUUUAUAAGGAUACGUACAAUCAACAGGACGUGUACAAAGACACUUACAACCAAGGAGAUACUUACAAGGAUACUUAUAAGGAUACUUACAACCAACAAGAUACUUAUAAGGAUACUUAUAAGGAUACUUACAACCAACAAGAUACUUAUAAGGAUGCUUAUAAUCAGCAAGACACGUACAAGGAGACGUACAAUCAGCAAGACCGGUACAAGGAGACGUACAACCAGCAAGACACUUAUAAGGAUACGUACAAUCGACAAGAUGAGUAUAAGGACACUUACAACCAGCAAGAGAGUUACAAGGAUACCUAUAACAAACAGGACAGUUACGAACAGCCGGAUGUGUACAAGGACACUUACAGUGAACAAGAUUCUUACAAGGAUACCUACAAUCAAGAGGAAGUUUAUAAAGAUACUUAUAACCAGCAAGACGUUUAUAAGGACACUUACAAGCAGCAAGACGUUUAUAAGGACACUUAUACCCAGCAAGAUGUUUAUAAGGAUUCUUACAACCAGCAAGAUGUUUAUAAGGAUACUUAUAAUCAACAGGAUACUUACAAUCAAGAAGACGCAUAUAAACAAGUACCAGUCACGUCACAGAGUAGUUACGAGGAGACGUACGAUAAAGGGAAGGAUUACGUCGAUUAUGAAACACCAUACAGCAAAGAGGAAUCAGUCAGCACGACGUACAAGAAUGACUAUCAGGAACCAUAUCAGGAUUAUCAGUACGAGGAUUCGUAUCACGGUUCGUAUCAAGGAUCCUUCGAGGAACGUUACAAAGAGAGUCCAGUCGCCAGUACAGAAAGACGUUCAAGCGAGGUACCAGAGUUGUCGGUGACCACGCCAAGAGGUCAGACCAGAACCAACGGCUACCAGUCCGGCGAGUCGGACUACUAUUACUCUUCCCAAGAGAGCCACGAUGUGUCGUCGAUUGGCCUAACGAGGAGGAAGAAGCUCACUAAACAGGAUCCAAGCCCUCUCCUUCAGCAACACACCGACUCUCUGGAGUCUCGUGACGACGAGCUGAAGGACACCAUCGAAACUACCGCGAGCUCGAUAGGUAGUAUCCAACAAAAGAAGGGGAUCAGUGAUUAUUCGACACCCACCGAUUCUACUCCUGCCGCGAGUGUUCUAAUCGAGUCACCGCCAACCUCUGUGGUGCAGCCUAUGACAACUAUGAUGAACCACGUGACGCCCAAUCACAUCACCAGUAUGACGGUAACGGCAAUGGUUCACACGCCGACCAUGGCGAACGGCAAACGUUUGACGAGAACCGAUUCCUACCACGAGGAGGUUAUCGAGGACGAAGAGUAUCCGGAGAUCAUACCGAAAGAACCACAAAGAAAGGAUUCACAGCUGUCGCAUCAGAGUCAACUCAGCCAACACUCGCAGCACAGUCAACACUCUCAGAAACCGAAACUCACCCGGGGGGAUUCUUACGCUUCCGAUCACUUCCCCGAUGAAUCGUACAGCAGACGGGGCUCGUACGUCCAACCGACCAGGAAGGACUCGUUCUCCUCGACCACGCAGGAACCACCGUUCAAGCCACCUCUCACCAGAACAGACUCGUAUCAGAAGAGAGGCAGCUACGGUCAGAACUUCACCACCCCUCAGCCUAUCUCCAGAGCUGAAAGCUAUCAGCGUGGAUACUUCAAAGAUCAGGAGUCUAUAGAAGAGCCGGAAGUUUCAUUGAGCAACGCGGUUAAUGAUGAUUAUAAGAUCAGAGACGACUCUCUUGAGAGGUACGAGCGUGAGGAAGAAGCGAUGCUCCGUGGCUCUCGAGAGGACUCGUUAGUGGACACAUACAAGACUACACCGCCGAUGUCGCACACCGACAGCCCUCGUGGGAGCAUAACGAAGCAAGCUUCGUUGGAAGAAAGUGUUCAGAUGGACACUCCGCCGAGGAGUCCACCGGAACCACCGGCAGACGAGGAACUUCUUGAGAUGGUUGGUGCUGUACCAGUGCCUACGCAGCUUAAGGAACGACCGGAAAUGACGUCGAAGCAACGGUGGCAUUGGGCCUACAAUCAAAUCGUCAUGCAGCUGCGGUUUUCUUUGCCUUGUGCUUCGAACUCUACUCCAGGAAGUCAGCUUAUUACUACUAUUAUGUUAUUGCAAUGUUUAGAACAAUUCAGACCGGCUGGAGUGGAACAGCUGGGAAGGUUGAGGAUGGGCUACGACGGCAUAAGGGACGUUUUAUUGAACAUGGUUAUGAUUGGAGAUAAUGAAAAUGUAUGA